GAACCGUUGGGAGUUGGUUUGAAGAACGGGAGAGGGUGCCCUUUUCUUGUAUGUUCACAGAGCUAGAAAAGGACUCUUUUGAAUCAUGAAGAAAUCACGUGGCCAUAAGUCAGACCACGGAAAAGGAGGAAGAGGCGAUGAGGCAGCCAUCUUGGAGACAGAGGACCUGGACUUCAUGGGAGGGGGAGGGGGUCCUGACCCCGACACCAUCUCCCUGGCCUCAGUCACAGCCGUCACCACUAAUGUCUCCAACAAGAGAUCAAAACCAGACAUUAAGAUGGAACCUAGUGCCGGGAGACCAAUGGAUUUCCAAGUUAGUGUUACCGUCAUAGAGGCCAGGCAGCUAGUAGGGCUGAACAUGGAUCCAGUGGUCUGUGUGGAGAUUGGAGACGAUAAGAAGUACACUCAGAUGAAGGAGUCGACAAACUGCCCAUACUACAAUGAGUAUUUUGUCUUUGACUUCCACGUCCCACCUGAUGUUAUGUUUGACAAGAUCCUGAAGCUGUCGGUAAUCCACUCCAAGAACCUCCUGCGUAGUGGGACUCUGGUUGGCUCUUUCAAACUGGAUGUAGGCACCGUCUACUCGCAUCCAGAACACCAGUUUUUCCACAAAUGGGCCCUUCUCUCUGACCCUGAUGACAUCACUGCCGGGUGCAAAGGUUACAUUAAAUGUGACAUCGCCGUCGUGGGGAAAGGAGACAACAUCAAGACUCCACACAAGGCCACCGAAACCGAUGAAGAUGACGUAGAAGGUAACCUCCUGUUACCUGAGGGGGUUCCCGCAGAGCGUCAGUGGGCUCGCUACUAUGUGAAGAUCUACAGAGCUGAGGGCCUUCCCAAGAUGAACACCAGCAUUAUGGCUAAUGUCAAGAAGGCUUUCAUUGGGGAGAACAAGGACCUUGUGGACCCUUAUGUACAAAUACUCUUCGCUGGCCAGAGGGGGAAAACGUCUAUCCAGAAGAGCAGCUACGAGCCAAUCUGGAACGAGCAGAUCGUCUUCACUGAGAUGUUUCCACCGCUCUGCAAACGCAUGAAGGUCCAGAUCCGAGACUCGGACAAAGUGAACGACGUGGCCCUCGGAACACACUUCAUUGACCUGAGAAAGAUCGCCAAUGAUGGAGACAAAGGCUUCCUUCCCACCCUGGGUCCGGCUUGGGUGAACAUGUAUGGCUCCACUCGUAGCUACACCAUCAUGGACGAGCACCAGGACCUGAACGAGGGUCUGGGGGAGGGGGUGUCCUUCAGAGCCCGCCUGCUGGUCAGCCUGGGUGUGGAGAUCCUGGACACCUCCUCCCCGGAUAUCAUGAGCUCCACCGAGGUGCAGGUGGAGGGGGUGCCUAACAUCUCAGAGAGCGCCACAGGGAAAGUAGAGGAGUUCUUCCUCUUCGGGGUGUUCCUGGAGGCCACCAUGAUUGACAGGAAGAUCGGGGACAAACCAAUCAGCUUCGAGGUUACGAUAGGCAACUAUGGGAGCGAAAUUGACGGCGUGACCAAACCCAAGUCGGGUAGCGGGAAGAGGAGUGGGGGAGACGGAGAUGAAGAGGAGUCAGAGCUGAUCCAAGGCUCCAGUGAUGAAGAGGAGGGAGAUGAUAAUGACCUGGUCUCCGUGUCCUCCACCCCGCCCAUGAAACCGAUCAUCACCGACAGAAACUAUUUCCACCUGCCUUACUUUGAGAGGAAGCCGUGUAUUUAUAUCAAGAGCUGGUGGCAAGACCAGAGAAGAAGACUGUACAAUGCCAACAUCAUGGACAACAUCGCAGAUAAACUGGAGGAGGGUCUGAACGAUGUUCAGGAGGUCAUUAAGACAGAGAAGGCCUAUCCGGAACGCAGACUGAGAGGGGUCCUGGAGGAUCUCGGCAACGGAUGCAGUCAAUUUCUGACUCUGGCUAACAAAGACCAGAAUCAGACUGGGAGGACCAAGCUGGACAAGGAGAGACUCAAGUCCUGCAUGAGGGAACUGGAGAGCAUAGGUCAGCAGGCUAAGACCAUCAGGACGCAGGUGAAGAAGAACACAGUGAGAGAUAAGAUCAAGCUGGUUCAGAACUUCCUCCAGAAGCUCAGGUUUCUAGCUGAUGAGCCGCAGCACAGCAUCCCGGACGUCUACAUCUGGAUGAUGAGUAACAACAAGCGUAUUGCCUACGCCCGUGUCCCCUCCAAAGACAUCCUGUACUCCGGGGUGGACGAGGAGACCGGGAAGGACUGUGGCAAAGUCAAAACCAUCUUCUUCAAGCUACCUGGUAAGAAGGGCUUUGGGGCAGCUGGCUGGACAGUGCAGGCUAAGACAGAGAUCUACCUGUGGCUGGGUCUGAACCGUCAGAGGAAGGACUUCCUGUCUGGGCUGCCCAACGGCUUCGAAGAGAACAAGAUGCUCAAAGGACCUGGCUCGCAGUCUGCUCCCCCCAUCAGCCUCACAUACACGAUGAAGCAGAUCUUCCAGCUGAGGGUCCAUAUGUACCAGGCUCGCAGCCUGUUUGCAGCAGACAGCAGCGGCCUCUCAGACCCCUUCGCCAGGGUCUUCUUCUCCACACACAGCCAGGUCACAGAGGUGCUGAAUGAGACACUGUGCCCCACCUGGGACCAGCUGAUGGUGUAUGACAACGUAGAACUGUUCGGAGAAGUCGGAGAACUGAGGGACGACCCGCCUAUCAUCGUCAUAGAAAUCUAUGACCAGGACACGGUGGGCAAAGCAGAGUUCAUGGGCAGGACCUUCGCCAAGCCUAUAACCAAAAUGGCGGAUGAACACUACGGACCUCCACGUUUCCCUCCACAACUAGAGUACUACCAGAUCUAUAGGGGGAACUGCGCCGCUGGAGAAAUGCUGGCGGCCUUCGAACUGCUGCAGAUUGGUCCUCAUGGUAAAGCUGACCUGCCGCCCAUCGACGGUCCCACAGACAUGGACCGUGGUCCCAUCCUACCUGUCCCUCUGGGCAUCAGACCAGUCCUCAGCAAGUACAGGAUCGAGGUGCUGUUCUGGGGCCUGAGGGACCUGAAGAGGGUCAACCUAGUCACGGUGGACAGGCCUCGUGUGGACAUAGAAUGUGCCGGUAAAGGAGUCCAGUCUUCCCUCAUCCAGAACUACAAGAAAAAUCCCAACUUCGGCACCCUGGUUAAGAUGUUUGAGGUGGAUCUGCCUGAGAACGAGCUGCUCCACCCUCCCCUGAACAUCAGGGUGGUGGACUGCAGAGCUUUCGGUCGUUACACCCUGGUGGGGAACCAUGCUGUCACCACCCUACGCAAGUUCAUUUACCGGGCAGCAGACAAGCACGCCAACAACUUGAACACUCAAGAGGAGAUCAUUGUCAACUAUGAGCCAGAGCCCACCAUCAAGAAGUUGGAGACCAUGGUCAAGCUGGACUCUGGGUCUGAUGCUGUGGUUAAAAUCGAGGAGGAUGAGAAAGGAGGGAAGAAGAAGAAAAGGAAGAAGGGAGGAGAUGAGGUGGAGGAGGAGGAGUUUGAUGAAAGCAUGUUGGAUUGGUGGUCCAAGUACUUUGCCUCGAUCGAAACUCUGAUGGAGAUUCUCAAGGCUCAGGAGGCAGCUAUGGUGGAUGCUGAGGAGAAAGAGGACCAGGAUAUUGCUGCUGACGGCGAGAUCAAACCUGAUGACUCUCUUGUCAAAGGAAAGAGAGGCAAGGGAAAAAAGGAGAAGAAGAGGGCUGGGCCUGGAGACAUACCAGAGAAGAAAAAGCACAACAUUGAUGAGCUACAGGUGUACCCCAAGGAGCUGGAGAAUGAGUUUGAUAACUUUGAAGACUGGCUUCACACCUUCAACCUGUUCAGAGGGAAGGCCGGAGACAACGACGACCAGAACAUGGCGGAUGAAGACAGGAUUAUUGGCAAAUUCAAAGGUUCUCUGUGCAUGUACAAAGUGCCGGUGUCAGAUGAGAUGCAGCGGGAGAUGGGCUUUGACUCCAACAUGGGCAUGUUCCAGAACAUUCCAACUAAUGACCCAAUCAACGUCCUAGUCCGGGUCUAUAUCAUCAGGGCUACUGACCUGCACCCAGCGGAUAUCAAUGGAAAAGCAGAUCCCUACAUCGCUAUCAAACUGGGCAAGUCAGAUAUCAAAGACAAAGAUAACUACAUCUCCAAACAACUCAACCCCAUCUUUGGCAAAUCCUUUGACAUCGAGGCCACAUUUCCCGUCGACUCCACACUAACAGUGUCCGUCUAUGACUGGGAUUUAGUGGGCACUGACGACCUGAUUGGGGAGACUAAACUGGAUCUGGAGAACCGUUACUACAGCAAACACAGAGCAAUAUGUGGCAUCCCUUCUAAAUAUGCCAUCCAUGGCUACAACGUGUGGCGGGACCCCCUGAAGCCGACCCAAAUCCUGGCCAAGCUGUGUAAGGAGGGUAAGCUGGACGGGCCACACUACGGCCCUGGAGGACGGGUCAAGGUGGCCAACCGGGUCUUCAUGGGCCCAACUGAGAUCGAAGAUGAAAAUGGUCUGAAGAAGCAGACGAAUGAGCACCUGGCCCUGACAGUGCUAAAGCACUGGGAGGACAUCCCCAGGGUGGGCUGUAAACUGAUUCCAGAACAUGUGGAGACCAGGCCACUCCUCAAUCCUGACAAGCCUGGGAUCGAACAGGGGAGGAUUGAGAUGUGGGUGGACAUGUUCCCCAAGGAUAUGCCUGCACCUGGACCUGCCAUUGAUAUUUCACCCAGGAGACCAAAGAAGUUUGAACUGAGGGUGAUCAUCUGGAACACAGACGAGGUCAUUCUGGAGGAUGAUGACAUCUUCACUGGAGAAAAGUCCAGUGAUAUCUUCGUGCGAGGCUGGCUGAAAGGUCAGCAGGAGGACAAGCAGGACACAGACGUCCACUACCACUCCCUGACAGGGGAGGGUCUCUUCAACUGGCGCUUCAUCUACCCCUUUGACUACUUGCAGGCCGAGGAGAAGAUCGUCAUCUCUAAGAAGGAGUCCAUGUUCGCCUGGGACGAGACUGAGUAUAAGAUCCCUGCUCGUCUCAACUUACAAGUCUGGGAUGCUGACCACUUCUCUGCAGAUGAUUUUUUAGGUGCCAUUGAGCUAGACCUGAACCGUUUCCCUCGUGGAGCGAAGACAGCCAAGCAGUGUUCCAUCAACAUGGUGCUGAAUGAAAAGGAUAUUCCCAUGGUGUCCAUCUUCAAACAGAUGAGGAUCAAGGGCUGGUGGCCCUUCCUGGCCAGAGAUGAGAACGACGAGUUUGAACUCACGGGGAAAGUGGAAGCCGAGCUGCAGCUGAUGACUGCAGAGGAGGCUGAGAAGAACCCAGUGGGGGAAGGACGCAAUGAACCUGAGCCCCUGGAGAAACCCAACCGUCCAGACACAGCCUUCCUAUGGUUCCUCAUGCCUUUCAAAGCCAUCAAAAACCUCAUCUGCAACCAGUACUUCUGGCUCACGGUCAAGUUAGUGGUGGCCCUGCUGCUGGUGCUCGUCCUGGGCCUCUUCAUCUACAGCAUGCCUGGAUACAUGGCCAAGAAACUAAUGGGUGUCUGAGGAGUGGAAAUUAUUCAACGGGAUAGUUCAAGGAUUGAACAUGUAUUUAGAUAUUUGUUGCCUUACCUUGAAAGAAGUUGACAAGGUGGGACUGCAAUACCCACUUUGGCUUUGUUUAACUUGCCACUGCAAAACAAGGUGAACUAUACCUUUAAGAGAAGACGACUCAACAACUUCUCAACUCAGUGUUAUAUUCCAGGACUUGUUUUCCCU